UCUUAUCGUUCCGUAUCUUUAAAGGUAAAUCCUCCCCAUACGUGGUCCUUCGAAAGACGACAACCAGUGAGAAGACAUCCCUGAAGUCCACAACUCAAGAUGUCCAAUGUGAAGAGCAGAAGUGCCUACAAGGGGCAACUCACUAGUGUGAAGGGGGUCAUCGCUCAAUAUCAAAGUGAAGAGAUGCUCAAGAGGCAUGGCGCGCGCAUCCACCUUGAGAGGCAACUCGAACAAUGUGACAGAAUUCGAGUGAACUACAACAAGGUGCAGGAUGUCAUCAUCAACGCGGCUGAAAAUGAUGACGAUCGUGAAAGGGAAAUUGAGGAGCAAAAUGCGUUUCUCAGGGACAUUGAUGACGCUGAAACAGCAACCAAUCAACUGAUUACGGAGAUCAUGAUGCACAACAGCUCUUUUGAAUCAACUCGUGUAGACGAAGACCAAAUUGGCCAGUUACUCCGAGGAUUCAGCGAGCUCUUGAAUAGGGCACAUGAAGGAUCAAAUUCUCAAUACUCACGGUUGGAACCAGUCAAAGUGCCGACGUUUAGCGGAGCCUACGCUGAAUGGCAUUCCUUCAGAGAUUUAUUCACAAGUCUCGUUGAUGCAAACCCUCGCUUAACGGACACGCAGAAGUUACAUUACUUGAAGACAUCACUUGCUGGACAGGCCAAAGGAGUGAUAGAUCAUCUCACGCUGACGGGAGAAAAUUAUGCCAUCGCAUGGAAUGCCCUGUGCAAUCGCUUUGAAAAUCGACGAACUGUCAUCAAAGAGCACAUUGAGCGGGUGAAGAAACUUCCAGCAGCAAAGACUCCACGUGCAGAUGAAUUGAGGAAGAUCUACGAUGUCACCACGACGACGCUGGCUGCCAUUGAUGCCCUCCAGGCAUUCGGAAGAGAUCCCUGGAUUAUCCAUGAAGUGCUAUGCAAGAUGGAUACAGAGACUCAGACGCUUUGGGCUCGUGAACAGACAGAUAUGCCGACGUGGGAUGAGUUCCAGGUAUUUCUAGAUAAAAGAUGUAAAGCAUUAGAAAUGUGUCCCUCAGUCUUUAACGUAAAUUCUUCUCAAAGUUCCAAAAAUGUACAAGUUAAAAGUAACGUAAAUUCAAACCAUGUAAAGUCCCUUACGAUCUCACAAGAUAGCAAAAGUCAAGAUUCAUGUACCGUGUGCAAGAAGGCAUCACACCAGCUUUGGAAGUGUGGUCAUUUCAAGUCUAUGCCAGCUCUCAAAAGACUCGAAACUGUGAACAAUCUCAAUCUGUGCUCGAAUUGUAUCUCAGAAAGUAGGUCGCGCCACCCUAUAGACAAAUGCCCAUAUCCUCCCUGCAAACAUUGUGGCCAAAUGCACAAUUACUGGCUCCACGAUGCUCUCACCCAAUCCCAAUCUGAAUUGCCCAAGGAUGCUCCUAAUCCCGUGCUUGAGGAGAAUGCCCGCCCUGUCGUUUGUAGCGGCGUCGUUCCAUUGGCCAAUCAGAACAAUGUGGAAGGUCAUCGAGCAAUCUUGAAGACAGCAUGCGUGAAAAUCCUCGAUUCCCAAUCUAACGUCCACAUUUGUCGUGCAUUAUUGGACUUCGGUUCAGAGAUUUCUGUUAUGACUACGGAUUUGUGCCAAAGACUGCGUUUGAAUUUGUCCAAGUCUCCCUACGGUCAAGUUGAGGGAUUCCAGGGUCAAAUCAGCAACAUCAAGCAUCAGGUGAACGCAACGCUUGUCCCUAGAAAAGGUUCAAAUAUUUCCGUGCUCUGUCAAGUCACGCCAAAAAUCUCAUCGAACUUACCCACAUGCCGCAUUAACCCGAAGGAUGUUAGAAUCCCAGAAAACUUCGUACUAGCUGACCCCACAUGGCAUCAAACCGGUCGCAUUGAUUUGUUGAUUGGAGCGGCUCAUGAGGACGAAAUCAUGCUGGAUGAUGUUUACAAACUUGGAGAGGGAAAACCAUCGCUACGCAACACCGUUUUCGGCUGGACAAUUGGAGGCAAGUGGCAACCCGCAAAUCCGCUGUCCCAACAAUCCACCGCUGUUUGCCAUACUAUCUCUCUGAAAACAAUUGACGAUACAUUGGAGAAAUUCAGGAAACUCGAAGAACUUCCGGAAGAAAGUCCACAGACGGUUGAACAGAAAGAAGUUGAGGCCACUUACCAAAGUACUACCCGAAGAUCAGAAACUGGUCAGUACAUCGUUCAUUUACCGAUGAAAGGAAACUUUGGUGAACUCGAAAGUAACCAAAGUAAAUCAGCACGGCAAUUGAACUUCCUAGAAAGGCGUCUCUCGCAAAAUCCUCAGCUGUAUCACGAAUACUCCAACAUCUUUGAAGAGUACUUGACACUGGGAAUAAUUGAGAGAGUCCCCAUAACCGUUAAUGGAAAAACGCUUUUGCAAAAUUUAUGGAAGGAUCAGAGCGAUUGGGACACUGAGAUGAAAGGAGACAACUUACGAGAUUGGAUGAAGUUCCUGGAGGCAAUUCACACAAUUCCCCAGAUCAAAAUCCCCCGAUGGACAUCUUCAUUCGCAGAACCUCUCGAAGAACAACUUCAUAUGUUCUCAGAUGCCUCCAACUUAGCUUAUGGUGCCGCCAUCUAUCGAGUCACCAUAGAUUCAAGCGGGAAAAUUGCCAGUCAUUUGUUAACCGCCAAAUCUAAAGUGACACCCGUGAAAAAGAAAACAAUCCCCAAACUUGAGCUCACCGCCGCAACUCUGGGAGCACAAUUAGUGGACAAAGUUUCUAAAUCCCUCGGGAUUACCAAAGUGUAUUGUUGGGUGGACGCAAAAGUUGUGUUGGCGCAAAUUGCAUCUGCAUCCAACAAACAAGAUAUCUUCACCAAAAAUCGCGUGAGUAGAAUUCGUGAUUUGUUGCCUCUUGAAUGCUGGAAUUACGUUCCAACCCUUCAAAAUCCAGCAGAUUUGAUCUCCAGAGGAACCACUGCCAUGGAGUUAGCAGCAUCUUCUCUGUAUUGGCAUGGCCCACAGUGGCUAACAGAGGGAGAAUCAGCGUGGCCCAAUGCAGAAAGUUUCCCGGAAACGGAUGAGCAAUCAGAACCUGCCGCCGCGGUACUCAAAAUCAAUCAGCAAGAGGGCAAUUACAUCUUCAAGAGGCUCACGAGAGACAUCAGCAGCUUCUUCCGCAUGAAGAGAGUGCUACUAUGUGUGUGCAAAUUCAUACAGAUCCUUCGGUACAAGGCAUUGUCGAGAAAAGGAACCCCAUGUGUCAUGCCAAAUCAACCCAAUAAGUUCUCGACAAAGGAAUUAUUGUGGGCGGAAAAUCAGCUGAUCAAGUGGGAUCAAUCGAAUCACUACCUUGAGGACAUUCAGGAUCUCAUGAACAACCGGAAUGCACCCAUCAAGAGCACAUCUCUGCGAAAACUGCACCCAUUCGUCGAUGAUGAGGGAAUUUUGCGUGUCGGCGGACGGCUGGGCCAUCUGGACGAUGACUACAGCACCAAAUACCCGAAAAUUCUCCCAAAUGACACAUUGGCAAAGUUGAUGAUCCGGGAAAUGCACAUCAGAAUGAUGCACGCAGGAACACAGCUACUCUUGGCCCAUUGUCGCAGGCAUUAUUGGCCAAUAGGAGGACGACGUACCGUCAAAGGUGUGAUUCAUCUCUGCAAGGCAUUCAAUAGUGUGGCCAUCGAUUGCUGCGGACCCUUUUUCAUCCGUACAGGCGCAGAAUCUCGUGGCAGAACACAGAGAGUGGAUGUUGUCAUCUUUGUGUGUACUUCCACCAAAGCUGUACACAUCGAAAUCGUCAGCAGACUGACAACCGAGGCAUUUUUGGCCAGUUUUGCGCGAUUCACUGAUCGACGAGGAGUUCCUAAAGACGUUUACUCAGACAACGGCCGUAACUUCCUCGGCGCUGCGCGUGAAUUACAACGUUUACUGGCACAGGAAGCGCAAGAACUUCAGGAUCAAACAAGUGAGAUGAGAAUCAAUUGGCACUUUCAACCCGCACAAUCUCCGCACUUCAACGGAUUGGCAGAAUCUGCAGUGAAGUCAGCAAAGACACAUCUGAAGAGAGUGAUUGGAGAACACAGGCUGAACUACGAGGAAUUCUACACAAUUCUAACUCGAGUGGAAGCAGUGUUGAAUAGUAGACCGAUUACCAUUCUUUCUGAUGAUCCUCGAGAUCCCCAACCGCUCACUCCAGGGCAUUUUUUGACUUUUGGCCCACCAACUCAGCUACCAGAUGAUGAUUUAUCUCACGAGAACGUCAACCAUCUUCAGCGCUGGGAUUUGUGUCAGAAGAUUCAUCAGGAAUUUGCCAGGAAGUGGAAGAUUUCGUAUCUUACCACACUUCAGGAGAGAGCAAAGUGGCAGACAGAGAGAGAGAAUCUGAAGAUCGACGACAUCGUGAUUCUUCAUGACCCUUCCGUGAGUCGCAAUCACAAAUGGAGCACCGGACGAGUCAUUGGAGUUCACCGUGGAGUAGAUGGGAAGGUGAGAGUUAUUGAUAUUAGAACCCCUACGGGCACAUAUUCACGGUCAGUAGUAAAGGUCUCGAAAUAUCCGAUGUGUGAGAGUCACAUCUCCCCCCCCGAGCAUGUUGAGAAUUAGAAUGAAUUCCAGUUGAAUUUGAACAUUGAAUUAUGGCAAGUCGGCGAAAUCAAUAUUGCCCGAGAUUGAGCCGAGCUCCGUGUAGAAAAUUGAAGUAUAAAAUUAUCAAGGGCACUCUUUUGGUAUCACCGCUAUCUUAGUGAG